AUGGCCGUCAACAAAGACCUCAACCCAGACAAGGACCUCGUUUACUUAGAAGUAACCUACACCACGAAGAUCGAUCUAAUCGGGCCUUACUUGAUCACCGACCACGGCCUCGAUGCGGCACGGAAGCGCCUCUUCAAACUCUGCAAACUGAACAUCGAAGGCACGAACGAAAUCCUACUUGCACAGAUCAGAGAUGACAUUAAUAAAUUGGAAUAUAACCUACAAGCUCUCAACAAGGGCCUGACUUUCAACGACGAUCAACACCGCGUACUUGGUACGGUCAACAGCUUGUUGUCGUCCAGCGCUGAAGUUGUGGAACGCAUCCGGGAAGGGAAAGAAAAAGGAGAGAAAGCAGAUUUAUACACUGUUUACUCGUGCAGCAUGCACAAAAAGGAUUUGAUGGAUUGGCAAGAAUGCUUCGCACCAUACAAAAAGGCCGAAGACGUGCUCAUUUGGCCUUGCAAGCAGGAAUCGAAUGGUGUUGAAACUCGGUUGAGCGAAAUUGGUGCCCAGACAGAGUCAUUGUUGACAGCACGCGGCGAAAUGCGGAAGCUAAGCCAAGCCGAGACAGACACAGGGAAAUGGCUCAACGCCUAUGAGAAUACGCGACAGGUCAUGAUAGUUUUGAGGGUUGUCGCGAACGAUGCCAAGGGAUAG